AUGUUUACUGCGGGUCUUUUUUGCGUUGCAGACUACCAAGGAUUUGAAUUUGGCGAUGAGGACACCCGAAAGUUCACCAUUACCGCCCGGAUUCCGCAUGAAGGCGAGAGCAACAGGGCUCGCGUUUACCAUGGUAACGACACACUUAUAGCAAGCAAGGCAAACGAUGGCUGCGGAGCGACUCCAAGGGGCACGGUAGUUUAUUUUGUUACGUACUGGUGUGCAGUUUAUCUGUUUGAUUCGUGCAAAUUCGGCCCUGCGCUGUGCAUAUCCGACUCCGAGUCCGAGGACAGCCAAUGCGCCUCACAGCGUAGCCAGAUGGCCACCGAUGCGGAGCUCAUUCUGACGGGGCAUACGACUCAAGGAUGGGGCCUGGAGUGGAGUCCAACAAGAGACGGGUGGCUCGCUUCUUCCGGGGACGAUGGCCUUGUCUGUAUUUGGGACACGCGGGCAUCUUGUGGCAAAGGUAAAUCCAUAAGUCCUCUACACCGGUUGGUGGGAUCAAGUAAUCGCAGUGCCCUGCAGGACGUGGCGUGGAAGCGCGGACAUGAUGCGGGAGAGGUAAUUGUGGCUGUAGGUGACGAUGGGGAGUUGAACAUGUGGGACUUGCGGGCGGGCGCCUUGCCGGUUCAUCGGCAACCCUGCAACCAUUCGUGCGCUAACGUUUUGGCACUGAACCCCAUGGCUCCGAACGUGUUCGCCACUGGAGGAGCUGACGCGGGCGUGAGUGUGUGGGACUUCCGAGACUUACGCCGGCCAGCCCACCGACUGCUCUACAUAGAGAACGAAGCUCUAACAAGUCUCAAGUGGCAUCCACAAAACAAGGCAGUGCUUGCUGCAGGCACGACUGACCGCUUCGUUCGGAUUUUUGACUGCUCGUUGAUUGGCGCUGAGCAAUCUCCAGAGGAAGCGGAGGAAGGCGCACCUGAAGUAAUAUUUGUCCACGGGGGCCAUGUUGCGGGUAUUACGGAGAUCGAUUGGAACCCGUUGGGUGACAAAUUUCCAUGGGUUAUUGCAUCUGCAUCUGAGGAUAAUGUUCUUCAGAUAUGGCAGCCGUCUGUGAAGGCUUUCGAGGCGGAGGAGGCAGACUUCAUAUGCGACGAAGGGAGCAUGGAUGAGGAAUUGCUUGAUUAG